AUGGCCAACGCACUUAACGAAGCCACCAACACUCCUCCUGCACAAGCCGUCGAGCGUAGCAAAGAAGAGCGCCUCGAAGAUGCUCGCAAAGCCGGCUGGUGCGCGCCUCAACCAUUCAACUACGAUGCCGCAGCACCUGCUACGGGUGCAAAUGGUGCAACCGGUGGUGAGGGCGAGAAUGAUGAGAACGCUUACAAGUCUACUAGUUGGGCCCACGACGCACAGAAGUACGAGUGGCAGGAAGACUUUGGUGAUGUAGGCCCAAGACAUGAAGACCUUGAGAAAGAGUUGUUUCGUGGAGAAUACAUCAAUCGGGCAGGUGAUAAAUUCAAGAAUCUCACCACAGUCAAAAUCAUUGUUGAAUCGGAAACUCGCGUCGAGCCGAUCAAGAGCUUCAAGAACACCGGUCUUCAUCCCGUCAUCGAGGAAAACAUCGACCUCUGCGGCUACGAGCAUCCGACUCCGAUCCAGGCUUACACUAUACCAGCCGUUCUGAAGGGUCAUGACAUGAUUGGCGUUGCACAGACUGGAUCUGGCAAGACGGCUGCUUUCCUCGUUCCAUGCAUCUCCAAGCUGAUGGGCAAGGUCAAGAAGCUUGCAGCCCCUCGUCCAAAUAUUGCUGUAGGCUUUGAUCCUUCUCGCGAGGGCGUUCGGGCGGAGCCGUUGAUUCUCAUUGUUGCCCCAACCCGCGAGCUCUGCUGUCAGAUCUUUGAUGAAGCACGUCGCCUUUGCUACCGAUCCAUGCUACGACCCUGUGUGGCAUAUGGCGGCGCUCCUGCGAGAGAUCAAGUCAGUCAGCUUGCUCGUGGUUGUGACCUCCUCGUCGCCACACCUGGUCGGUUGCUCGACUUCAUGAGUCGACCCAAUGUUCUGUCUUUAGCUCGCGUCAGAUACACAAUCAUCGACGAAGCCGAUGAGAUGUUGCACGACGACUGGGAGCAGGAGAUGUUGAAGAUCAUGUCUGGUGGUGAUGCGAAUACCGACGGUGAUCAUCGCUAUCUCCUGUUCUCAGCCACCUUCCCGAAGCGUCUCCAGAAACUGGCUGCGAAGUUCCUCGCUAAAGAUCAUGUUCAUGUCAGCAUCGGCCGUACUGGCUCUGUUCAUAUCAACGUCAAGCAGAAUAUCAUGUGGACCGACCAAGACAAGAAGAUGAGAGCUCUCUACGAUUUGCUCAUCUCGAUGCCCCCAUCUCGCACUCUGAUCUUUGUCCGAUCCAAGAAGACUGCCGACUUUGUGGACGAUUAUCUGUUCAACAUGGGUUUGCCGACCACUUCCAUCCACUCCGACCGCACCCAGUUCGAACGAGAAGAUGCCCUGCGAGCCUUCAAGUCUGGCAAGUCUCCCAUCCUCGUUGCCACUGGAGUUUCCGGUCGCGGUCUUGACAUCCGCAAUGUGAUGCAUGUCAUCAACUUCGACCUCCCGUCGGCUGAGCACGAUGGUCGCAAUGAAUACGUUCAUCGCAUUGGCCGCACUGCACGCAUUGGAAAUGAGGGGCUUGCAACUUCUUUCUACAAUGAGAAGGACGAAGGCUUGGGCCCUUUUCUGACCAAGAUUCUCAUUGAAUGCGGGCAGGAAGUCCCGGACUUCUUGCAGCAAUUCAAACCCGAGGGUGGUGUUCUCAACUUCGAGGAGGAAGAAGAACCCGACAUGGAUGCGGCAGACGCGGGAAAUGGAGCUGAGGGCGGCGCCUGGGGUGCGGGAGACGAUAAUGCUGAGGCUGCAUGGGGUUCGGGCGGUGAGACCAACGUCGCUGCAGCUCCCCCAGCGGAGGAGGGCUGGGGCGCCAGCAAUGACAGUGUUCCUGCUGCGUCCAACGCCUAG